AUGUUGGCCCUGGAGCGGCGCCUGCGCGGUGGGCGAGCCCUGGAGCGGCGCCUGCGCGGUGGCGGCUGUUCCGGGCGGGUUCCCCGCGCCCCGCGGCGGCCCGCGGCGCCCCCGGCCGCCCUGGCGUUCCCUAGCGGUGGCUUAGGUGCCGCCGGGCAAUCUUCCGUGGCUGACGGCGACCGGGCGGCAGACCCAGCGCCCUCCCCGCACCGUCCCGCAGCCGCGCGCGGGGAACCCCCCCGCGGAGAGCCGUCACGAGCCGCUCGGCCCGGUCUUCACCGCACGCGUCUCCUGACGCCCGAAGUGCGCGCCCGCCCCUGCGGCUCCCCGUGCGGGGACAAGCGCGCGCGCCCGGCCCGGCGCCAGCUCCGCGCCGCUCCGCUCGCUUGGCUCCCCGGGCUCGAGCCCACGGUGCGAUCGGUCACAGCGACGGCAGCUUCGGGGCCGCGCGUGAAGCGGCCGAACGCCCCCGCCUCCGCACGUUCUCGACCCGCGCUCACGCACACGCCCCGUCCGCUGCGCACCUCCGCCUGCGCCCGGCCGGACCGCGUCCGCGGAAAGUCCCCGCCCAGCUGCCGGCCUGGCCGGGGCCCGGGUCAUCAACCGUCCCCGGGACGGCACCGUCAGGGACCCGGACGGGGAGCGCCGAUUCCUCCCUCGCGCGCAGGCACAGCGGGGCUCCGGGGUCCCUCGAGUCAUCGCCGCGCGGGAGGGCUGCCCCGCCGCGUGCCCGGCCCACCCGGGGAGGGGACCGGCCGAGGAGGGAGGAGCCGCGUCCGGCUGCCCGGCGGGGUGCGGGAGGCCGCCCGCUGCGGUCCAGGCCGCCGCCCGCCGCCCGCCGCCCGCACUCCCCGCACGCAUCCGAGGGUGCGCGAGCGCGAAGACGCUCCGCCCGCCGAGGCCGCCUCCAGGCGGGACCGGGCUCGACCCCGGCGCGGGCGACGCGGCCCUACCGCCGCCACCUCGCCCUCUAGCUCAGGGAACCCCAGACCCCGGCUUUCGAUCGUCUCCCUCGUCGCUUCCGGGAUCUGCAGAGACCAAUCGUCACGUCUGAGGGCGAAAGACCCGCCCCCUCCGCGACGCAAGCAGCCAAUCCGGCUGCUCGUUACCCUCGCGUGCCGUGCGCCCGGACGCACGACCUUGACCAAUCCGUCCCUGGACGUCCUUCUGGUCCCUCCCCAAGCCUGUAACCGCAGCUGUCCCUCUCGCCGCCGCCCCUUCGCCCCCGCCGGCGCACUUCCUCCCCGACGCCGUGACGUGCGCAGCCCUGUGCCCGGCCGCAGCGGGCCAAUGGCGGAGGCGGAUACGGCGGGCCAAUGGGCGGCGGCGUCUCAUGCGGCCGGCGCCCGCCGCAGCCGCCGCCGGGUCCCGGAGCCAGAGGCCGCCGAGCCGGAGCGCGAUGGAGCGAGGGCCCCAGGCAGGGAGGCGCCGCCGCCGAGCGCGCGGCCCGACGUCCCCUCAGUGAGCGCCCGCGCCGCCGCGGCGCCGCCCGAGCCUGGCCGCGCCCGAGGGGCGGCUUCGCCUCCCGCCGGCCUCGCCGCUUCGCCGGCGCUCGGAGCCCGCCGCCACCGCCGCCGCCGCCUUCCCGCUCGGGCCGGGAGACGGGCCGGGGCUGCAUGGCCUCGCCCGCGCGCCGCCGCUGAGCCCGCGGAGCCGUGCCGCCGGGAGCCGGUGAGAGCCGCCGCGGGCCGGGGUCGGGCGGGCGCCGGGGCGUGGGGGCCGCCGUGCGGCCUGCAGGCCUCCCCUCCGGGCGGAGCGGCGCGACGGGCGCCGGUGGGCCCGGGCGCCUCAGGGGCCGACCUGGGGCUCCGGGGGGCCCAGGCAGCCGUGAGCGGCCGACGCGAGCUCCUGGGGGGCCGUGCGGGGCCUCCGGGGGGCCCGGGGGGGCCCGGGGCCGCCGUGAAGGGCUCCGGGUGGGCCUGGGGGGCCUGGGGCGGCCGCGCGGGGCUGCGGGUGGGGCUCCGGGUGGGCCUCGGGGCCCGGACAGCCGUGGAGGGACGGACUGGGGGCUCCGGGUGGGCGUCGGGGCCCGGACAGCCGUGA